AUGGGACCUCCAAAGAAAUUUAAAAAGUAUGAUUCAAAGCCAGGUGGUGAACGUUCAGGGAAGAAAAAGAAAAUAGAAGAAGAUGUGACAAUUGAUCUAGUGGACGAUGACAAUACCGAGAAUGUUGGUGUGCCAGUUGCAGCCACACAGGAUGCUGAAAAGAAUGACCAUGUUCCUGAAGAUGAGUUUGGAGCAAAAGAUUACAGGAGUCAAAUGACUUUAAAACCAGACAAUGCCAGCCGUCCCUUAUGGGUAGCUCCAAACGGACAUAUAUUUUUGGAAGCCUUUUCACCAGUAUAUAAGCAUGCACAUGACUUUUUGAUUGCCAUAGCAGAACCUGUUUGCCGACCUCAACAUAUACAUGAGUAUAAAUUAACUGCAUACAGUUUAUAUGCUGCUGUUUCUGUGGGAAUUAUUGAAUUUAUUCAACUGUGUACCUUGUCAUAUGGAAAAGUCAAACUGGUGCUUAAACACAACAGGUACUUAGUAGAAAGUAAGCAUGUUGAAGUGCUCCAGAAGUUGCUCAAGGACCCUAUUAUCCAACAGUGCCGACUGCGACGUGAUGGUGACGAUGAACUGUUAUCGUCAGCUCUUCCCAACAAACCAGUUGCAGCUACGUCCAAGACUGGGGAAGAAAAGCCAAUCACAAAUGGAGCGGUGCCUGAAGACAUCAGCCAGUUCUACCAACAACUUGAUAAAGAUGAUGAGGAAGAUGAAACUACAGAUAUUGCCGCGAACACUGCAGUGGCGUUCGAAGUAGAUCCUGAUAAAAUUGAGGUGAUACAAAAGCGAUGCAUAGAGCUGGAGCAUCCGUUGCUAGCCGAGUACGAUUUCCGCAACGACUCCGUGAACCCGGACAUCAACAUCGAUCUGAAGCCCACAGCCGUUCUUCGUCCAUACCAGGAGAAGAGUCUGCGCAAGAUGUUCGGAAAUGGCCGCGCCAGGUCCGGCGUGAUAGUGCUGCCGUGCGGCGCUGGCAAGUCGCUGGUGGGCGUGACGGCGGUGUGCACGGUGCGCAAGCGGGCGCUUGUGCUCUGCAACUCGGGCGUCUCCGUGGAGCAGUGGAAGCAGCAGUUCAAGUGCUGGUCCACGGCCGACGACAGCAUGAUCUGCAGAUUCACUUCGGAGGCAAAGGAUAAGCCGAUGGGAGCGGGCAUCCUGAUCACGACCUACAACAUGAUCACGCAUGGGCAGCGGCGUUCCUGGGAGGCGGAGCAGACCAUGCGCUGGCUCCAGGCCCAGGAGUGGGGCCUGGUGGUGCUGGACGAGGUGCACACCAUACCAGCCAAGAUGUUCCGACGCGUCCUCACCAUUGUGCACUCUCACGCCAAGCUCGGCCUAACAGCGACCCUGCUCCGCGAGGACGACAAGAUCGCGGACCUGAACUUCCUGAUCGGGCCGAAGCUGUACGAGGCGAACUGGCUGGAGCUGCAGGCGGCCGGCUACAUCGCGCGCGUGCAGUGCGCGGAGGUCUGGUGCCCCAUGACGCCCGAGUUCUACCGCGAGUACCUCAUACAGAAGGUGAACAAGAAGAUGCUGCUGUAUGUGAUGAACCCGUCGAAGUUCCGCGCCUGCCAGUUCCUAAUACGCUACCACGAGAAACGAGGCGACAAGACGAUCGUGUUCUCGGACAACGUAUUCGCGCUGCGCCACUACGCGGUGAAGAUGAACAAGCCGUACAUCUACGGGCCGACCUCGCAGAGCGAGAGGAUACAGAUCCUGCAGAACUUCAAGUUCAACCCGAAGGUGAACACGAUAUUCGUGAGCAAGGUGGCGGACACCAGCUUCGACCUGCCCGAGGCCAACGUGCUCAUCCAGAUAUCAUCCCACGGUGGCUCGCGCAGGCAGGAGGCACAGAGGCUAGGUCGUAUCCUGAGAGCUAAGAAGGGUGCUCUGGCAGAAGAAUACAAUGCAUUCUUUUACACACUCGUCUCUCAGGACACUCUGGAGAUGGCAUACAGCCGUAAAAGACAACGGUUCCUCGUAAACCAAGGGUACAGUUACAAGGUCAUAACAGAGUUAAAAGGGAUGGACCAAGAGCCCGAGCUAUUCUACGGCACACGUGAGGAACAGGGAAUGCUGUUGCAACAGGUGCUGGCGGCGUCGGAGAGCGAGUGCGAGGAGGAGCGCGAGGCGGGCGCCGGCGGCGCGCGGCGGGGCGCGCCCAGCCUCGCCAGCCUGGCCGGCGCCGACGACGCCCUCUACCUCGAGCACCGCCGCCAGCACAACAAGCACCCGCUCUUCAAGAAGUUCCGCUAC